GAGCAGGUGAUCCCUCAGCUGCUGCAGAGAGCAGGUAACUCAGGCUUUAAGAAAUGAUGCUAUUAAUCUUUAACAUCAUCAGAGGAGAAGAAAUCCACAGCGUCAUGUGAGAAGCUGCACUUUGUGCCACAGGAGACGUUAGCAGCAACAUGUCCAUCAGACGGUGUGUGUUCACACAGGAAAAGGACGACACAGCUGUGUUCCAGGUUCAAAAUGUUAACCAGGUGGUUAACCUUCACAGCUUUUCUGGCCGGCUCAGCGAAUCCACAAAGAGCAGCCACUGGUCCGGGCACUCUGACUGUUGCACCAACCUGCAGGGUCAGAGGUCAUCCAGAGGUAGCGCUGACUUUAAUCUGUGGAGAUGGAAAGAACACAGGUGUGGUCCCACACUGGCACACCCCCUUUGGAGACCUCCAGACCCCUGGUUUCCACAGUAAUCUGGACCCUGUCUUCAUGCACCGCGACGGGAGCCUGGCGGUCCCCAACAGCAGCGGUCUCCACAGCGGCCUGUACUACUGCCUCCUGCAGGACCCAGAGGGAACUACACUGUGGCCGUACGAGCUCCACAUUGGCUACAACAAUGAAAAGGACCGCGAACACAGUGAACAUGAGCGUGGCAGCAGCUGCGGUGCGUUCAGGUUCAGACGGGAAGUUUGGCCUGAGCAGGGGAAGCAGGCAGCUGUCUCAGACGGGCAGUUUGCCGGAGCUGUGGCAGCAUCGGUGCUGCUGACGUUUGUGCUGGGCUUCAGCGCUGGAGCUCUGAGCAGAGCUCAUGUUCUCAGGUGUUUAGGAGCUGUCUUCUCAAGGGUACAGUCACCACGACGACAACGAAGCCAAGCUGACACGCCGGACCACGGCUCUGAGGUCGCCAUGGCAACCUUGCCGCCCGUAUACAACAACCAGGCCUUUGAGAUGGGACAGGUGUGGGACAACGUAACCAUGGAGACAACAAUUUCAUCAACAAGCUCAUCUCCCCCUGCAAAACCUCAGAGAAGCUUCAGGCACAAACGACAGGAGCUUCAGGAAACCACUGCCUAUCUGGAGAGGUAUGAGGACAAGUACAGUGAGGAUGGAGAGGAGGAAGAUGGAAGAGAGGGCAGGGAGGAAAAGAGGAAAUGGAGACAGGAGGAGGAGGAAGCAGGUCAGCAGGAGAACAGGAGCAGGGAGGAUGGAGAGCAGACGAGAGGAAGUGAGGAGGAGGCAGGAAGUAAUGAGGAGAAAGGGAGCGAUGAGAAGAGGGAAGAGGAGGAAGUCAUUUCCAGAGAUUCACAGGAAUCGUCUACAGAAACAGAAGAGGAAGAGACGGGCAGUAAAAAAGGUGGCAUCAUAGGAGGAGGAGGAGGGGAAGCAUCACACCCCCCACCUUGUCCAGGCCGUCGCAGCCGCAUCAUUCGCCUUUACCAAUAUGACGAGGACGGCCAACGAUACUGCCACCUUCCAGACCCCCCGGAUGAUCCAGCCCCCCCCCACAGGCUGAAGCACCGCUCCGCCUCUCUGACGCGCCUCAAUGCGAUCAUGGCUGCUGCCUCAGCAGGACCCCUGGACACGAGAAAGACAGAGGGGGAGAGAGACAAUAGGCCACACUUUCACAUGGACAUAUAA